ACGCAAACGUAUGCUUCUCAAUGGACAAAAUCAGCAAGUAUUGUCCAUGCUUUUACAACAAUGUGGGAAUGGGAGAAGAAGAUGAAAACAUGCCGUCGUACUGAUUAUUUUUGCUAAGAGUUGUGGUAGAUGACCUUGAUUGUGAGCGUUGAUUCAGUGAAGUUGUCCUGUCACGAGUGACGUGACAUAAUUAAAGCUCAUCAGAUCAGAUUUUGGUGACUUCGGUAUCCACUCGAUAGGCUGUUGUAACCUUGGAUAUAUCACGAUGGCGUGGACAGUUUUUCAUGCAAUUACCUUCCUUCUAACAUUUUUCAGUUAUGCAUUUUUCCAUGCCACAAGAAAGACUUUCAGCAAUGUGAAGACAACAGUGUCAGAGGAAUGGACUCCAUCACCUUACAAUGAGACACAAUGCAACAAUGAAACAUGUCAACCAUAUGAUGUAUGGAAUUCCCAUCACCUAUUUCAGAAACAAGGAGAAGAUACUGAGUUUUUAGGAGUUCUGGAUGCAGCAUUUAUGAUCUCUUAUGCUUUAGGUCUCUAUAUUAGUGGCAUGCUUGGGGACAGGUUCAAUUUGAGACUGGUGUUAUCCUUUGGAAUGUGUUCAUCUGCUAUCUGUGUGUUUGUCUUUGGGAGUCUGUUUGAAUGGAUACAUUUCUAUAACAAGUACAUGUAUGUGUUGAUAUGGAUCCUCAACGGUCUACUACAGUCCAUGGGAUGGCCCACCGUAGUUGCUGUGAUGGGCAACUGGUUUGGAAGGUCAAGUCGAGGGUUUGUACUUGGUUUGUGGAGUGCUUGUGCCUCGGUUGGUAACAUCAUUGGUGCUCUCAUGGUUUCCUCCGUAUUAGACUACGGGUAUGAUUAUGCGUUCUUAGUUCCGUCCACAGUCUUGUUUGCUGGUGGUGUCCUAAAUCUGUUUGCAUUAGUUCCUUCUCCAAAAGAUGUUGGCUUACCAAUGACAGAUGAAAAUAAACAAAUACCUACGGAGACUGAGGAGGAAUAUAACAGAACGGGCAGUGUCAACGCCACUCAGGUGGAAUCUGAACCAUUGUUAAGCUCGAGCUCUGAUGAUAAAAUAAGCAGUGGUUCAUCAAACUCGGACAAGGCCGUGAGUCUGAGAGAGGCAAUCUGUCUACCAGGAGUGGCCCUGUAUUCCUUGGCCUACGCAUGCCUAAAGCUUGUCAACUACUCUUUUUUCUUCUGGCUUCCAUUCUAUCUCGCCAACUCAUUCUCGUGGGAGGAGUCUACGGCCGACAAAGUGUCAAUAUGGUAUGACAUUGGGGGCAUAGUAGGUGGGACCGUCGCUGGUGUUAUAUCUGAUCGGUUUGAGAAGAGGACAAUAAUUGUGAUACCUAUGCUGGUGCUAGCUAUACCAUCUUUGUUUAUAUACAGCCAAUCUCCAAACAAUCUGACGAUAAAUGGUUUACUAAUGACGAUCGUUGGGUUCUUUGUUGGUGGUGUUUCCAACCUCAUCAGUGCAGCAAUCGCAGCAGACCUGGGGCGACAGGGUCCAGUUGCUGGGAAUCAGAAAGCCUUAGCUACAGUAACCGGCAUUAUUGACGGGACAGGAAGUGUGGGGGCAGCCAUUGGCCAGUUACUUGUGCCAGCCAUACAAAAAACUGCCAAUGGUAACUGGGUUCCUGUAUUUAUCUUCUUCAUGAUAAUGACAUUCCUGACAGGUGUAUGCAUAUUUCCACUUUUUAUAAGAGAAGUAAAGGACAUUAGAAAACAUUACAGGUGUUCGUGGUUUCAAGGUUUUCACAGAUAUCCCCUGUACUCGGACAAUAGCUUCGAAAGUGACGAUGAACCAGUUAUUAUAAAUGCAGCAGAAGAUCAUGUAUCUUGAUGAUUAAAUUAUCAUAGAUUAUCAGAAAUCUUCGUGUAAAGAAAUAAUAGUGUUGUUAUAAUAGUCAUGUUUUAUUUUUGCUUAAUUCAUUUCUCAAGAGAUUGUUCAAAAACUAUUUUCAUAUUCUGUAAUUCUGAAUGCAUAUGUAUUUUAUAAAUUUAUUUUACAUUCAGGGAUAUUCCAGAGUUGAUUGUUUGAGAAAGAUGAAAGACAUUACUAAUAGAUCUGAAUUUACCCUGUUGUAUCAUAUUCAUACCACGUGUUCAAAUACAUUAUACCGUACAGUUACUUUUGGAAUAACCAAUGUAUAUUUUUUUUCUUUUCUUUUAAAAUGUAUUUGACUCAAAACUUUAACUUUCUUAUCUCAUUUUUUGUUGUUUUUUUUUCUUUUUUUUUCCCCCAAUUGUUUUAGAAAAAAAUAUUUUAUAGAGAAUCAAUUUUAAAGUAAUUCAUAAAGGACAG